ACAUUGGAAGUGAUUAUGGGGAAGCAUCCAAGCGAUCUAGUCUCCUCUCUGUCAUCGUCGUCAUCCUCCUCCUCAUCCACAUCAAUUGUGCAUGGGAUAUUAUUGAAGGAUGUGUUGGAUCAACGCCUCCUAGCUCCUGAGAAUCAAGUGGCAGAGCAAAUAGUUGUGGUUGCAAAACUAGCAUUUGCAUGUUUGCAUGCCAAUAAACCAUCUCGGCCAACCAUGAGACAAGUUGCCAUGAAACUAUCAGAUGAUCGAAGGUCACAUUUGCAAAAUGAAUUCCACAUGAUCACAUUGGGACAACUGAUAUCAACUGCUCAACCUGUUGAGCAACUAAUGCCCUUAGCCAUCCAGUCUAUUUGAAAGCCUUUUGAGGUA